GUAGCCUGCAGCGCCCGGGACUGCCUGCUGCAUUGCCAACAUCGCCAUUGCGACCAGCAGCAUGUCGGAGGACGCAGCCGCCGAGUCUGCGUCGGGUCUGCCGUCAGAUGUAUUGCCGGAUCUGAUCCAAGAAAUCCUCGAGGCUGCACUAUCGAAUAUCGUCUUGCAGACAGCGCUGUCAUGCCAUCGUUCGGAGAAGCUGCUGCGCAUGCAAUCCGCCGCCACACAAGCCGAGUCCAUCGCCCUUUCCACCCUCGAACCAGCCUCACAGAAAGCCGGGACAAACAGCCAACCUGCGAUACCCAGUGGCGAAACGACCGCUGCGCGAUACGAGAACGGCCGAGUAUUUUUGAAGGGUAACCCGCUCAAGACGACACCGGAGAUGAUCUGCCCGCACUGCAAGCUGCCGCGGCUAAUGCACCCGAUCAUGGGCAAGGGCAUGCAGAACCCAGAUCUGACCAAGGAGUACUGCCUGCUCUACCCCUGGGUCCAGCGAUCAGGCCACGAUGUCUACGGCAAUCCAUUCCCUACUGACAUGGCCAAGAGUAAGAAGGAGCGGGAGCUUAUCAAGCAGCAACAGAAGAACGCAGACAAGGAGAGCGUGGGCACACCAGGCUCGCAAGACACAGAGAUGGCCGGUGACGCAAAGGAAAUCAAGCUCAACACAGGCGGCAAGCCCGCCUCAUACAUCCCCUGGCACACGUGCCCGAACUGCAAGCGCUCGCUGCUCAUCACACGUUUCGCACAACAUCUAGAGAAAUGCCUCGGCAUCUCCGGGCGUCAGUCAAGUCGCAAUGCCAUGGCCAAAAUCGUAGGCCAAAACGGCACAGGUUCAGGUCUCGGCAACACACCCCUCGGCAGCCGCCUAGGUACACCAGUACCAGGCUCACACGGCGACGGCCCCAAGGCGAAGGGUAAGGGUAUCAGUCCUAUGAAGAAGCUGGCGCAAGGCGAAGACGACGUAGACGAGCUCGGCGACGAUACGCCAGAACGCAAGAAGAAAAAGAAGAGCUCGUACAUCAAGAAGGCGGAUCGCGAUAAAGGCAGCAGUGCUGGCAGUCUGAAGGUCAAGCUCAAGACUGGUCGACCCGACGUGGAGCGCAAAGCUAGCGAGACAAGCGAGCGCAGUGACGGCAAGAGAGAGAGGGACGGCGAUGAGGGCGAGGAGCCGCGGAAAAAGAAGAUCAAGCUGAGCUUGGGAGGGAAAGAAAGGGCCAGCGCAAGCGUCGAGCCUGGGGAUUAAGGGCUGCGAGAUGUACAAUAUCUGGGUGGAUGGCAUCAACAGGCGUUUUGGCAUUUCAUGGGUGGGGAUACCAUAACGGAAAGGAGAUCGAGAUCGACCAGGGGCGUUCUUGCUUUCGUUUGAUUUCUUACUUGUCACUCUAUCAUCGCAACGUACGAUGCAUUGGACUGGAACGAGAUAUCGAGUCUAUU